UAAGUAUGAAUACUGAGUCUGUAUUGAUUACGGGCGCCAAUCGUGGUAUUGGUUUGGAAAUAGUGCGACAAAUAUUGACGGACAGCACCCGCACCGAUGGCGGGCCCACACAUGUGAUCGCCACUACACGACAGGCCACUAAUGCGGCGUUAGAUGAGCUCCGGGCCAGUCAUAAAAACUUACAUGUCCUACAACUGGACGGUACGGACUAUAAGAGUUUUGAUGGCUUUGCCAAACAAGUGGCCGAUAUUGUGGGCGACAGGGGUUUAGAUACUCUCAUCAAUAACGCCGGCAUUUUUCUAUGGAAAAACCUUGAUGAAACAACCGCUGAACAUAUGGUGACCAACUUUGAAGUGAAUUCCGUGGGACCACUGAUGCUCACCAAAGCCUUGCUACCAGUGCUUAAGAAAUCGGCGGCAACCAAGCGCAAAACCAUCAUUAUCAACAUAGGUGCUUUGCUGGGCUCGAUUCAGGACAUUGAUAAAUUCAAAGAGUUUAUGUUUUACCCGUACGUUGUGAGCAAAGCCGCAUUGAACAUGAUCAGUAAAUGUUUGGAUGUUGACCUGGCCCCACAUGGCAUUAGGUCGGUGGUGAUUCACCCUGGUCAUGUGGCCACAGAUAUGGGUGGUCUGCACGGUGCGCUUACCCCGGAGCAAAGUGUGACCCAGGUACUUCGCACUGCUAACAAUGUUAAGAAUUCCGAUUAUGGCAAGAUGCUUAAUUAUGAUGGUGCUGUGUUGCCGUUUUAA